AUGCAGGUGGACUGGUGGAUAUACAAGAAGGUAGGCUUCGAACUCAGGGGAUGGGCGUCAAAUCAACCCGAGCUGCUGCAAAACGUGAAGAUCGACACUAUUGAGAAGACAGAAGUGGACCUAGGCGAGAAGGAAGAGAAGACACUAGGACUGCGCUGGUUCACCAAAAGGGACUCCAUCGGCUUCAGAGCAAACCUCCGAAACACGCCAGAGGAAAUAACAAGGGGACUCAAGGAAACCCAAGAAAUUAUAACUGUUCCGUCUGGUGUGACCAGACAUAAAAUACCCCCGGCAGUACCAGCAAAGGUGUAA